AUGUUUGACAUCACGUCCGACUCGGCGGGGAACAUCCCCGGCUACGUCCAGGACGGCGAGUCGCGGGACACGUCGCAGCUAAUGGCGCCGAAGGUGUCCAGGAGCCUGUUAUUGCGAUUCGCGCUGAACAGCACCGACCUCGUUGACCCAAGCCUGGGCGUGCCGCGGCACGACGUCGUGAUCUUGGCGGCCGAAGACAUGUACAGGCGGCUCUUUGCCGUGCUCAUUGGGCAGAACCUGGACAUGUUCCAGCAGACUGAGACGCGCAUCUUCGUCGACAGCACUGCUUUUCUCGUUGACGUCGCCAUCCUCUGUCUGGAUGCUGGUGUCUUGGCCGUCUUCUACUUCCGGCAGCGACGCGCGUUUCUCCCUCGCCUGCCCACCAGCAUUGCGUCGGGCGCUGCGUACGUGGUGUCCAGCCGAGCCGUGCGAGAGCACGGAGAUGAUGAAUACGAAGAGGAGGGAGAGGAUGAGACGGCCAAGCGGUGGCGGGGCUCCCUCCGUCCAACGUAUUCCUUUGGCCGGUAUGUGGGCGUUGACGGGAAGCUCCACGUCGGGAUCGAGCUCGACCCGCUUGUCAUGCUGGUCGAUGGGCACGCUCUGAUGGUCAGGCAGCAGCAGCAGCAGCAGCAGCAGCAGUAG